CUAAUAAAGAAUGCCGCAGUAGUGUUUGUAUCACAAUCAGUAUGCCGCAGUAGUGUUUGUUUUGUAUAUAAGCUUUCCUUUGCUUUUUGUUGUUGUUGUCAUUCAAUGCCUCUUCAAACGUAUAUCAUUUACCCCACACAUGAAUUCAAUCGUCCAACUCCACCAUCAAAAAUAGCCCUUCAUGGCUUAGAUCUCUUAAGUGCUCCUAUACAAAUCCAUCAUCAUCGUUUUUAUCGCUCACCACCCUGUCCUACUACUGGCGUUAUCGAUGCAUUGAAAUCUUCUCUUGCUAAAGCACUUGAGUUAUAUCCACCUCUCACAGGCAAGAUCAUAACCGAUGAACAGGGCCAACAAUGUAUCGAUAUGGAUCCUCGUCAUAGGAUGGGCACACCUUUUAUAGUGGACACUAAAGACAUUCCUUACACAAGGGAUUCGGAAAAUUUGUCGCCCAGAACUGAUGUCAUCUUACCCCCUUCCUCCAGCAUAUUAGCCGUCAAAGUGACUUUGGUAAAUACAAAAGCUGUUAAACACAACUCAUUUUGAAUCGAUAGUUUUUUUGUGGAACCAUAGCUAUUGCUUCUUCAAUCAAUCAUCAAGUAGCUGAUCUACGUGGCUUUCUUGACUUUCUUGAACUUUGGGCUCAACUUAAUCGAGAAGGAACUGUUGAUUUUACACGAAUCCCAGAUGAUUGGUCUCGCACUCCUGCUCGAUUUUUUCCUAGUCCAAGCAAAGACUUCGUUCCUCCUCCAUUUAAAGUACUGUCUAAUUCAGCAACUGAACCACCUGCGUUUUUACUUGCACCCUCUGAAAUUACUUAUUGGACAUUGACCAAAGACGCAAUGCAUCAGUUAAAAAGCGACUUUUCUCCAUCAAAUACAUGGAUUUCUUCAGGCGAUGCACUUACAGCUCUUCUUUCGGGUGCUGUAACACGCGCUCGUGAUAACGCUAAUGUGACAAGACUAGAAGGAAGAUCGGACGUAGAGUCGCAAACAGAGCAAAUAGUUAUGGCUGCUGACGGCCGAGA